AUGGAGCCCCCAAAUCAGCAUGGCAGUGGAAUUUCGUUAGUUGUGACCCAGCAGCCUUCUUUGGAUGGCCGUCAGAGGACAGACAAUGAGAGAGAGAUUCCGCCUGCUGCUAUUUUGUCCCUAGACCAGAUCAAGGCCAUCAGAGGCAGCAAUGAGUACACAGAAGGGCCUUCGGUGGUGAAGAGACCUGCUCCUCGGACAGCACCCAGACCAGAAAAGCAGGAGAGGACGCACGAAAUCAUACCAGUCAAUGUGAAUAAUGGCUACGACCAGAGACCCUCCAGCCACCUGGGCCCCGCGGGACCCCCGAGCAGUGCCCGGGGCCCGGUUCUGAGCAGGUCCACCAGCACUGGCAGUGCAGCCAGCUCUGGCAGCAGCAGCAGCAGCAGCGCCUCCUCGGAGCAGGGGCUGUUGGGACGCUCCCCGCCAACCAGGCCUGGCCCUGCUCAGAGGUCCGAGAGGGCGGUCCGGACCCAGCCCAAACAACUGACUGUGGAUGACCUGAAGGGUUCCUCGAAAGAGGACCCGGCCCAGCACAAGUUCAUCUGCGAGCGGUGCCGGAAGUGCAAGUGCGGGGAGUGCACGGCGCCCCGGACCCUGCCCUCCUGCCUGGCCUGCAACCGGCAGUGCCUGUGCUCCGCGGAGAGCAUGGUGGAGUACGGGACCUGCAUGUGCCUGGUCAAGGGCCUCUUCUACCACUGCUCCAACGACGACGAGGGGGAUUCUUGCUCAGACCACCCGUGCUCCUGCUCACAGUCACACUGCUGCUCCAGGUACCUGUGCAUGGGAGCCAUGUCGCUGUUCCUGCCCUGCCUGCUCUGUUACCCUCCCGCCAAGGGGUGCCUGAAGCUCUGCCGGGGGUGUUACGACUGGGUGCACCGCCCGGGGUGCAGGUGCAAGCACUCCAACACUGUCUACUGUAAGCUGGACAGCUGCACCUCCCGGGCCCAGGGCAAGCCCUCCUGAUCUGUGGAGGGCCCUGCACCUCCUGGACCCUGGCUCUCCAGCUGUGGCUGUAGAGGAAGAUCCUGUCGGAUGCUGAGCUUCUUUUCUUUGAGGUUUCCCUGCUUCCUGCCUUCUGCUCCCCAUCCCAAGGUCUGACUCAUGGAGUUUACGUUUCUAUUGUGGGUGAUCUUCAGUGAGAGGAGACGGAGACUGCGCGGA